AUGGGUGUAGAAUCUGUGACAACAGACCUAGCAAAUGAUCAAGUUGUUGUGAAAGGUAUCAUCGAUCCAGAAAAGCUGGUCAGUGAUGUGUACAAGAGAACCAGAAAGCAAGCUUCCAUUGUGAAGGAUGAAGAAAAGAAGGAAGAAGAGAAAAAGGAAGAAGAGAAGAAAGAAGAAGAGAAAAAGGCUGAGAAAGAAGGAGAAAAGAAAGAAGGUGAAGAAGGAAAGGGAGAAGAGGAUAACAAGAUUGACAUCAAGAAAAGCGAAUAUUGGCCUGCAAAGUACUUUGUGGAUUACACUUAUCCCCCUCAAAUUUUCAGUGAUGAGAAUCCACAUGCUUGCUCUGUUAUGUAGCUGAUGACUCUUACCUCUGAAGUAUUUUAGUUUGCCACAUAUGCGAUUUCCAGGCGUUACUAUAUGCUAGUUAUAAAUGAGUGUGCUGGCAAUCGAGGGUUUAUUCCUUCUGUGGCAUUGUUAAACAAUUCAAUCUUCUGUUUCUGGGGAUAUGAUGUAUGUAGAUACACAAAACAUGGAUAAAUAUUUAAGUCUGCAGGAGUUUUACGUUUUGGCCUUUUUUAGUAGAGCAAAUUGUUGCUUGUUGAGUUUAUGGUUUCUAAGUCACUUCACGAGUUCCUAAUCUCUUGGAAUUGAGGUAAAUAUCACUUCGAAAG